AUGGUCGCCUUACUGAUCAGCAGUCUGUGGGUCGAUCUUUUCAGCGCCCUCGCUCUUCCCGCGGCUCAAGCAAAGUCCGAUUACAUAUCGUCAUGUGGCCCAGAUUGGAUGGCUGUCAAUGAUGUGAAGACCAAUCAUGGAGCUGUGCAGCGAGUUGGGUAUAACACUGCGGUGGAUUCUUUCUGCGACAAGGCUGGGGGUAUCAAGGUGGGCGCAGGUGCUUACAUGUCUAUGGCAACCCGAGUCUGGCUUGACUACGGCAGCAAUCCGGAGACAACUGGGUUAAAUGUAGAUGCUGCGAGCUGCAAACAAUACUUGAAGAAGCUCUCUGAAGACACUAGUGGUAAUUCGUGCUACGGACCGUCAAACAAGGACACAAAAGGAGGAACAUGGCAGGUUGGGAAUGACGCCGUUUCCUACCAUGCGCUGGCGAACAAGUUUCCCCCAUCAGCCGAUUCCGUGGACAAGGUCGUCACGCAGACUGGCGCCAUUUCAAACUUGGGCGACGGCGGCAAGGGUAACACACUUGACCCUUUCCCAACCUACGCGUUUAAUGACGUUGCGCCUUUCGCAUGCCACUCACACAACGACUACACUCGCGACAAGGCGCUGUACUCCGCUCUAAGUGCCGGCUGUAUCUCAGUAGAAGCCGAUAUCUGGAUCCACGACACCAAGCUCGUCGUUGGCCACACCGACCCCGGAUCCAACGGCCAGACCUUCGUCAACCUCUACGUCAACCCCCUGAAGAAGCUCAUAGACGAGCGGAAAGCCAUCUUCCCCGCGAAGACCGACCAACCGCUUGACCUAUUAAUUGACUUCAAAAACAGCGGCUCAGACGCAGACAAAGCAUGGGACCAGCUCGUCGCCGACCUCCAGCCCCUCCGAGACGCAGGCUACCUCAGCCACUACGACGGCACCUUCAAACAAGGCCUCAUCACCGUCGUAGCCUCCGGCAACGCCAUCAAAGACGGUUCCUCAUCUGCGCCAUCGCCCAUUGCGAAGGCGCUCUCUGACGCAACGAAUCCUCAGCGUGCGAUCUUCGUCGAUGCUGUUGUUCACAAAGAUAUGUCGCACUUCGACUCAUCGAAUGCGUACUUUGCUAGCGCGAAGUGGAGCGAUGCAGUGCCGAAUGGGCUGCCGAUCUCGGGAGAUGCGAAGACGAAGCUGGACGAAGCGCAUUCUAAGGGGUUUAAGGUGAGGUAUUGGGAUAUUCCGGGGAAGGACAGUUGGCAGCAGAUUGUGGAUGCAGGUGUGGACCGAUUGAAUGUGGAUGAUUUGCAGUAUGUUGCGGGCAUAGAUUGGUAG